AUGACCAUUUUUCAUGGUACAAGUAACCAUUUUCGUGGUACAAAGUACCACAGUUAUGGCACAAGCGACCACAGUGGUGGUACAAAGUACUAUAGUCCUGGUGCAAGUGACCGUAUGAAUGGUAAAAAGUACCACAGUCGUAGUACAAGUGGCCACACGGAUGGUAAAAAUAACCAAAAUGAUGGUACCAAUGACUAUAAGGAUGAUAUAAUUGACCCAAAAAUGGUACAAUGGGCCGUUGCGAUAAAAUAAAUAACCACAAGAUGGUCAUUUAGAUCAUACGAUUGAUUAUUCGUGGCAUCUCUUUGGUUGCAGACCAAAGAUGGGGCACAAAUGACCAAAAGUAUAAUAAAAUGCUCAUACGUUUGAUCCACAGGACGAUAUAACUAUGUGGCCGACAUGAUCAGCUUUUGAUUAUUUGUGUUGUCGCUAUGUGAUCAUAGUACCAUUGUUUUGGUCACAUGUACGAACUGCUACAGACAGUGAGAAGUAGUCAGAUAUAGGUGAAUUUCCGUUUCUCUACUAGUUCCUCAGUCUAGGGUUGAGCGAAUAGAUUGUCGAUGAGCGUUACUUGUGGGUAAACUAUGGGAAUAUGUAGCUGUAUGAUUGGUAUUUUGUGAUAUCGUCUCUGAGGUUUGUGCAUUUUACCGACAUCCUACGGACUAUCAACCGAAGUCGCAAAGAUAAAGCAGUUGUGAAGAUUUUGAAUUUUUAAAAAAUAUUGCUCAUAGCUAGGGGUAUCAGCUUCCGGUUCCGUUCCCGGUAACGGUGAACACAAGCGGGUUCUCGUUCAAGAGAACCCGGAACGCGUGCGAGAUGGGAUGGGUGUGGAGUGUCGGUGUUGGGUGUGGGUGUAGGUGUGGGUCGGUGUCAGUGUGCUUGUGGGUACCGGUUUAGGUUGUUCUUUUCUAUAACCCACACCCACACGCACACCCACACGCACACCCACACGCACAACCACCCACACCACCCACACCCACACCC